GAGAAGCGAAGCUACUUUACAGACAUUUAUGUAUCGCAAAUCCUUCGUUUAAUAUGAAGCAUAGGCGAAUGUCAGCAUUACUUAUCGUCAGCACAAUGUCUGACUUUGUCGGUGACUUCUAAAGGUUGUUCAGAGCAGUUUGUAGAGCCUCGGGCCAUCGUAGUGGGCCCUGGAUCUUUGGAGAUCAUGGAGAAAGUGGAGGUGUUUGAGGUUGUGAAAGUGACUGAGGAGGUGGAGAGCUACUACAGCCAAAUGGAGGUGACUACCCCGAAAAAGAGGAAGAGCAAAGCUCAAGAAGACAGUGUUGAGAAAUCUAAGAAGCCUAGGUCUGCCUUCCUGCUAUACUACUUUGAUGUUCAUCAGAUUAUGCAACAGGAAAUCCCUAAUCUACCACAGUCAGAGAUCAACAAGAGAAUCAGUGAGAGCUGGAAAAGGCUCAGUGUUGCUGAGAAAGGCUACUAUCUGGAGAAGGCCAAGUCCGAGAAGGAGGGCAUAGACACAUCGUCUCUCAGCCCCUCCAAAGACCCACCAGGCUUCCGCAAAAUCCUCCCCAGAGCCAGUUACUUUCAAUUCUCUAAAGGCUGCUCCUCCAAUCAGCAUCCGGGAGGCUCUCAGGCAGAGGUGAGCGUGGGGUCCCUGGACUGUCCAGUGGAGGGAGGCCUGCCUUCUGCCUCUCUCACCCAAGAGCCCCAGUUCACACAUCUUGGGUUGGCCGACGAGGUGGAGGUUUCUGAGCAGCCCAUGGUUGUCGACGACGUUGCAGAGGAAACAGAAGUGGCAUCUCAUCCCACGGACCCUCGAGGAAUCCUGCUCUCCUCUUCCUCCUCUGUCGGACCCAAAGCCCUGGCCUCCACAGACGAACAUGUCUCACAGGGCUCUGCUGGCCUUGCAGCAAAUGGGGUCACGCUGAAAGGAAUUGAGACGAGAGUUGCUGUUAGUGGUUACGGUGGGACGAUGAUGCAGCAGAUACAGGGGGAAACUCCACCAGUGGUUGCCAUCUUACCCACCCAGAACCUGCUAGAGCCUUUGCCAGGUGUCCGCUCUGUGGGCCCAGUGAUGAUGGUGUCUGUAGGAGCCAGCAUUGAUCAAAGUGCUACUCCUUGCUAUAAAAUGUCUGUGAAAACAUACACCCGGAGAGGUAGAGGAAGGUGUCUAAAUGCUGGAUGUUCAUUUGUGUAUGUCACCCGCCACAAGCCACCAACGUGCCCUGAAUGUGGGAGCCACUUGGGUGGAAAAUGGAUAUCUCCUGAAAAGAAGACACAAGCGAAAGAAGCUACAUCAAAGCAAUUGCCACAGAAGACUAAAACCAAGGCUAAUGAAAGCUGCCAGCCCACCCCUCCCCCUGCUCAGGAGGGGAAUGCUGAUGUCAGUAAAACAAACGCCACUGGGAGCAAAAAAGAAAGUCAAGUGAAACGGUGCCCCAGAAAGCAGCGUGCAGUUCCUGCUGUAAAACCACCAGAAGGCAGCAGCACCAAGGAGCAGAAACAAACAAAACCGAUGAAAGACAGUCUUCAGGGCACGACAGUCCAAGGUCAAGACAGAAGCAAUGCCACUGUUCAAAAGAGGCCAGUGAGACCCAUCCUGCCUGCCUACUAUAACACAGUCCGUGCUUUGUUCCAGAUCUUAACUGUCCCGCCUGACAAAGGAAAGUUUCAGAAUGCAAACGGCAAUAAAUCAUCCGCUGUGCCUCGAGAGAGUUUCUCAGGUCUUAAACCCAGCACUUUAAAACAGCUCGGCCAGACCGUCCCGACAACAGCAGCCAAGCAGCGGUCUUCCGUCCCAGCAGAUGGAAGCCAGCCUGUGUGUUCAGUGGCUGAUGGAAAAAUGAAUAUCCUGUCAUUCGUGCCUUUCAAACACACCGUCUCCAGCUUUGAUUUGGGACUGUCUACAUCACGAGGAAGAGGUCGCUGUAAGAACCCGUCUUGUGACUACAUGUAUAAGAACAGACACAAACCUGCAGUGUGCCCUAAAUGUGGCUGUGAACUGACCCAGAAGAACGCCAUGGGAGCAAAGUCUGGGACUCUGCUCGAUCCGUACCAAGCCCUGAGUUCUGCUCAGAAGGACAUCCAGCGGCAGAAUACCCUGCAGCUACUGCACCGUUCCCUGCAGAUUCCUGAGAGCGAGACUGACAUUCAGGAAACGUUGACCCUCAUCCAGGAGCUCAACAGUCUUCAGAUCGUCUUGGUUCAACCAAGUGGCCAGGAGCACGAGGGCAGUGUAGAUACGGAGACGCUGGUAGAGUCUGGGUGGCCUCAGUUCUAUGAAUCAGCAGCUACUCACUGUGGCCUGUGUAACUACCCUCUCUUCAAAGGAGGUCAGAGUACUGUUGCCGGACAAGAGGACUGCUGGCUUCUUACUGAGACUCUGAUCCAGACAGCCACUCUUCAGCUCAAGGUGUGUCUGAACGUUCAGUGUCUGGCUCUGCACAGCUUCACUGACCUGCAUCCAGGUUUGUUCAACAUCGGGAACAGACUGCUCGUCAGUAUCGACCUGUUUCUGAAGAUCAGGACUUUUAUUAAACUGGGCCAGCCCCCCCCUCAGGCAGCCAGGAACAUACUGGACCACAACCCCAAUCACCCUGUGCAUGCUCUGAGUCCAGAGGAGCUGUCUCAAGUUCAAGAGCUUUUCCUCAGUGGCUACUGGGCCUUUGAGUGUCUGACGGUGCGUGAUUACAACGACAUGAUCUGCGGCAUUUGUGGUGUUGUUCCCAAAUUGGAGAUUGCCCAGCGAUACACAAGCAACGUGCUGGAGCUAAAAAAUGUGGAGUUUACUUGGCCCGAGGUGUCAGUGUCAGAUGAGGUGCACGUGGAUGACUUCUGGCUCACCAUGGAAAGUGAGGCGAUCGAGCAGGCGACUUUCCCCACUGAAAUCCCGAUCACACGGGUGGAUGCUUCCAUCAUCGCUCCCUUCAUUCCCCCACUCAUGAGGAGUCCCACUGUCAUCAACACGGAGAAGGACAAGGUCCUGUCACACACGCAGCAGCCCUCAGUUUUAGGAGAUCCAUCAGUUUUGGUGCGUCUCAUCCAUGACGGGCAGCUGAGACUCGACAAGAUCGAAGAUCACAGUGAGGACGAGCUGAGAACAAUACUGGACAGCUGCGGGGUGAACAUCACGCCAGGCUCCACUAAGGAUGAGCUGCUGGCCUCCCUGAUCUCAUUGUACACACUCGUUCAUGGUGGCCUCUCCACGGCCCCGCAGCCCCCUCCGCACCUCACUGCUGGCAAGCUGUCCAAGGUCUGCCCCCACAAGGUGGUGUGUGGCUCUAAGUAUUUGGUGAGAGCAGAGACGGCUCGAGACCACGUAGACUUGCUCCUGUCCUCCCGUUACUGGCCCCCAGUCUACGUUAGUGACUGUGCCCGUCAGGUGGCGCUCUGUGCUGACAUGCAGUACCCAGAACAGGCAACCCAGAUGUGGGGCAGGAACCAAGGCUGCUUCUCUGACCCUUUCGAAAAGCCAGAGUUUGUGUCCUGUGCGGAGCUUCAAGAGCAGCCGUACAGCGCUGACCUGUCGUUGGUAGCAGAUAACCAGCAGGUCCACCCCAUCACUAAAUCAUCUUGUUGCUGGCUGGUUCAUCCCCCCGCAGCAGCUCAGGAGCCUCCUGCUCCUUCUUCAGAGCACCACUCAAUGGCCCUCUGCGGAGAUCUGGAGCCCUACGUCAGCCUGAUGGAAGAGCUGGAGAAAGAGGAAGACGAGGGGGCCGAACAGAAAGAGCAGAUGGACAAAGCUGAGAAUGACCCCGCAGAGAACUCGGAGGACUGUUACUCGAUAAACCGUGCACGGCGGCAACCUGUGGUUUUCAACAACACAGCUUAUUACUACCUUUACAAUCGUCUGGUGGAUUUCCUCACCAGCAGAGACAUCGUGAGCCAGCAGAUCAACCAAGUGGUGAAGGCCUGCCAACCUGGGGAGGUGGUGAUCAGAGACGCUCUGUACCGACUGGGAGUGGCACAGAUCAACACAGAGAAAGAGGAAGAUGAAGGAAGUGGGGUGGAGGGACAGACACAAGAGGGAGGGACAGAGACGUAUGAAGUUAUGCUUACUGAAUAGAAAUGUUCAGGAUGGACAAUCAACAUGCAGGCAGAGGGAUGGACUGCAGGUAAAGACGGGAGUGCAGAUAGUAACAUGACAUGAGGAGAGACCAAAGUGCUACCACAAUUCAAUGUUGGAGAGUACUUUACUCUUACACUAGCCUGUACAACAUCAUUAUUUUACUGAUGAGAGGAUUUUGGCUAAGUAUUUAUAAAGUGGGUUGAAUUUAGCAGAAAUGGACUUUAUUGUAGAUAAUAAGAAGAAUAGUGUAAAAUAUACUAAAAACAUUAAAUUACAGGAUACAAGGUUAGGGUUAGGGUUACUUCUAACUAGUGUGAGUGUGAGCGUUAAUAAGAGUCAAGAUGAUGGAGCCUGAAUGUCAAAAUGCUUAAUUCAAAUGACUAAAAGAAUGUAACAAUAGUUUGUGUUUUUUACCAAUAGUGUGCCAAGAGUUUAAAAGAAGUGAAAGUGUGUGUGAAGGAGAUGUUUCCUGUGACUGAAAGAAUGUAAACAGGAUUUUAAUCGCUCAGCUGAGCCUGAAUGUAUAUAUUCAACCAUGAAAUAGCAUGUUGUAUUUAUUUCCCUUUUACGUCCAGAGACAUUUUACGUUUUACAGUCUUACCUCUCCUCUGCCACUUGUUGCCUUUUGGACGUUUGCUUUUGAAAAGUGAUGAUAAAUGUGUAUUUGUCUAUUGUACUGAAUCAUGAUGUAAUGAUGGACUUUGUGGCCUUCACUUUAUUUUGGAUUACAUUUUCAUCUCAAAGGAGAUCCAUCCUUAAUUCCUGUCAACCAAUCGGCAGCCGGCCUUUGAGAAAGAACUGAAGAGAUUUAGUUGAUCCGCCUGCAUGAGGUGCUUCAGACAGAUUACUUUUUGUCACCAAUGCUUUGCUUAACAAUUACAAAUCUGACGAGCUAACAAGACUUUUACGAAGCAUUGCGGUUGUCCAAGUGGUUAAAAAUGGCUUCAUUUGUCAAGACUCGACGUGUUCAAUAGGGACACCUCUUGAUCACAGCAGCCAAGUAUAUUGUGUAGAUAAAGAAAAUAGAGUUGAAAUAAUUAAGUCCUGUAUAUGAAACUGCUGAUGUAACAAAUAAAUAUAAAGUAAUGAAUGA